GGAGAGAUGGCCGAGUGGUUCAAGGCGUAGCAUUGGAACUGCUAUGUAGGCUUUUGUUUACCGAGGGUUCGAAUCCCUCUCUUUCCG